AUGGACGUGGACGUGGACGUGGACGUGACGUGGGACGUGGACAUGGACGUGGAGGUGGACGUGGAUGUGGACGUGGAAGUGGACGCGGACGUGGAACGUGGACGUGGACAUAGACACUGGACGUGGACGUGGACAAUGGACGUGGACAGUGGACGUGGGACAUGGAUGUGGGACGAGGACAUGGACGUGGAGGUGGACGUGGACGUGGACGUGGACAUGGACGUGGACAUGGAGUAG